UAUAUGACCUGUCUUCUCCCACCUCCCAAAAAAAGGUAGUCAUAGGUAAGCCUAGGGGCUACUAUUGGCAAGUUUUUUUUUAAAACCUAUUUUAUUGUGGUUCUUACACCUCUGCCUCCACCCCAAUCCCUUCCAACACCCUAACACCAGUGGGGUAAGGGGGCAUAGGUCUCUUAGGCUACUUCCUGCUGGUUAGGGUCGUCUGGUUCCUUGGGGCAAGGCCAAUCUUUGUAAUCAGGACAUGUCCAGCUUUUCAAUCAAACUGCAGCAACAGCAGCCAGCAGCAGGGGAGAGCGGCAGCUUUUUUUUGGAGUCCUCUUCCCUCUCUGGGCUCUGGCCAGAAUUAAACUAUCUGCAGCUGGCCAAGAUCACACCUCUUUCAGAGUCUGAAGGAAGCAAAUAGUCUGCUGCUGUGGACAGUCUGAGGCAGCCCCGUGUUCCACACCUAGGAUUAAAACAAAAACAUGUUCGCAUAACGUAACGAGUUUUUAAAGAAAACAAAACUCCCACUAUAGGCUCCUUUGAUCAAACCAGUUCCUAUCCGCUGCCUCUUUAAGGGGUUUGUAAUUUCUUACUUUGUACAUUUAUUUACCUGUAUAUAGAACUUCAUAUAUCACAGAAUUAAUUAUAUGUAAUUCUUCUCUUGGUUUUGUUUUCAUUUUUGUUUGAGAUGGGGUCUUGCUAUGCAGCCCAGGCUGGCCUGGAACUGUUUAUGUUCCUUAGCCUCAUGAAUACUAGCAUUAUAGAAAUGAUCCACCAUGUGUCUGGUGGUCGCCUCUUAUUUUUAUAACUGCUUUUCUCAAUAAUAAUCUGUAACUAGUAAAUAAAUGCUCUGAUAGCCGAGCCUCCGAGUCUUGAAUGUGACUAGACCAAGUAUCUGAAAACAUGCAUUCAUUUUGUCAAAUUCCAUUUCUGUUUAGCAUCUGAUCCCCAAGUUCAUUGGACAUGGCUCCACGUUCACAGCGGCGAAAGCGCAAGAAACCUCCACCAGUGACUCCCAUGGUUGAAAUCCCACCCACAGAAGUGUCUCUGCUGCCUCCAAACCUCUCAAAACCUGGCCCUAGUAUUGAUGUGCUUGGCUUCAUGUCCUUGGACAAUAAUGUACCAGGUCUGUCCCAGUUGAUCCUUCAAAAGCUGAACAUGAAAAGCUAUGAAGAAUACAAGUUGGUGGUAGAUGGGGGAACCCCAGUAUCAAGCUUUGGAUUUCGAUGUCAACAAGAAAUGUUCCAGAGGAUGGAGGACACGUUCCGAUUCUGUGCUUACUGCAAAGCACUCCCUAAUGCUCUUUCCAAUGGCAAGGUUCUCCGGCACUGUACGAGGUGCAGAAACGUCUACUACUGUGAUAGAGAGUGCCAGAGGUCAGAUUGGCCAGCGCAUAGGAAGGUCUGCCAAGUGCUCCGUCUGGUGGCUGUGGAUCGCGUCAUGGAAUGGCUUUUGGUCACAGGUGAUUUUGUCCUACCCUCAGGACCUUGGCCAUUGCCGCCUGGAGAUAUACAGGAUUGGGAUACCUGGUUUUCUAUGAGGGGCACACAGCUAGAGUCUGCAUUGAAUGCUGUUCUUGGUAGCCAUGCUAUGACCAUGCUUUGGGCCAGUCUAGGAAGGCCGCGGCCAGACGCAGAUGUCCUUCGUGGCUCUUUGAAGCGGCUGAUGACGGAUGUUCUGUCACGGCCCUUGACCCUUGGCCUAGGGCUUCGGACUCUGGCAAUAGAUGUUGCAAAGGCUGGGGGAAGCACACUGCAUGUGGUUGGUGCUUCCCAUGUGGAGACAUUUCUCAUUCGUUCCGGAGAUUAUAAUGAGCUUGGCUACAUGUUUCCUGAACACCUUGGCUUCCAUGUGGUCAUGGUGGGUGUGGAUGUGAGUACUGACCUUUUACAGAGUUCCUCACCUUUAACCCCGGAGCCUGGAACAAUUCAGCUUAGUGGCCACAGGGCCCUGUAUCAUGACUUCUGGGAGGAGCAGAUAGAGACCGGGAAUCUAGCCCAUCCAGAUUUGGUGGCUGCAUUCCAUCCAGGUUUUCAUGCCUCGACAGUCCUGAUGGAAGCUUGGCUACCUACCCUGCUGCUGCUUCGUGACUUUGAGAUCCCAACACUGAUUACUGUUUACAGCCGACAGGAAUUUGAAGCCUCUUUGCAGAUUCUGGUGAACUUAGAUGCACACGUCAUUGCUUGUGGAGCUAACCCUUUCCCGUCCCUCAGGCCGGAACAGGUCUACUCUAACCCCAGCAAGCAGCCAGUCCACAGCAGUGCCUACUACGUCAUGUUUUUGGGACGUUCCUCCUGCCAACUAGAUGAGAAGCAGUGAGAAGAAAAAGCAGAUGCUUUUCCUACUCUGGAGCCAGAUUCUGGGGUGAAAAAUCUGAUAGUUCAGAGAGGCAGAGAAAGCACCCAGCUGACCUCCUUACUCAGUUCACAUCCCAGGAGGAAAAAGCUAAAGAGCCUGCUGCUAACUCAUCUGACGGCCCAUGAGGAAAAUGCCCGAAAAUGCCUGCUAGCUCACCGGGCAGCCCAAGAUGAAAAAGCCAAGAGCUAA